AUGACGACCAAGCGCAAAGCUUCAGCCAUGGGGACGGCGGUGGAUGAUGAGCCAGUAGACCCGUCGGAUGAACUGGCGUUCUACUGUCUGGGCGGCGGCAACGAAGUCGGCCGAAGUUGUCACAUCUUGGAGUACAAGGGGAAGACUGUGAUGCUUGAUGCUGGUAUGCAUCCGGCCAAAGAAGGCUUCUCCGCACUGCCCUUCUUCGAUGAAUUCGACUUGAGCACAGUAGAUGUUCUUUUAAUCAGCCAUUUCCACGUCGAUCAUUCUUCCGCCCUCCCAUAUGUGCUCAGCAAAACCAACUUCAAAGGACGAGUUUUCAUGACUCCGGCCACCCGAGCGAUCUAUAAAUGGCUUAUACAGGACAAUGUGCGAGUCAGCAACACAUCUUCUUCUUCCGAUCAACGCACGACGCUAUACACUGAGCGUGAUCACCUGUCAACUCUGCCCAUGAUUGAAACGAUUGACUUCUAUACCACACACACAAUCAAUGGAAUUCGCAUUACUCCGUAUCCCGCGGGCCAUGUUCUUGGGGCGGCCAUGUUCAAGGUUGACAUUGCAGGGCUGGUAACUCUUUUUACUGGAGACUACUCCCGCGAGGAAGACAGACACUUGAUCCCUGCCGAGGUUCCCAAGGGCACUAAGAUCGAUGUCCUCAUUACUGAGUCUACAUUUGGCAUAUCAUCGAAUCCACCACGGCUAGAACGUGAGGCUGCCUUGAUGAAGUCAAUCACGAGUGUUCUGCACCGUGGCGGCCGUGUUCUGAUGCCUGUGUUCGCUCUCGGUCGUGCCCAGGAGCUGCUUUUGAUUCUGGAUGAGUACUGGGAAACCCAUCCAGAGCUACAGAAAUUCCCUAUUUACUACAUUGGAAAUAUGGCAAGACGCUGUAUGGUCGUAUAUCAGACGUAUAUUGGCGCUAUGAACGACAAUAUCAAGCGUCUUUUCCGGCAGCGCAUGGCCGAAGCCGAAGCAAGCGGCAACAAGAGCGUGAGCGUUGGUCCGUGGGACUUCCGAUUCGUUCGAAGUCUCCGAAGUCUGGAACGCUUUGAUGACGUGGGUGGAUGUGUGAUGCUUGCGUCUCCUGGUAUGCUGCAGACUGGUACGAGCCGUGAGUUGCUUGAACGAUGGGCACCUAGCGAUCGCAAUGGUAUCGUUAUGACCGGCUACAGUGUCGAGGGAACUAUGGCCAAACAGCUGCUCAACGAGCCUGACCAGAUUCCUGCUGUGAUGUCGAAGGUUUCAACUGGGCAUGGCCGUGGUCGCGUUCCUGGAGCCAACGACGAAGACCAGAAGGUCAUGAUUCCUCGCCGAUGUACAGUUGAUGAAGUCAGCUUUGCGGCUCACGUUGAUGGUGUCGAGAACCGCACAUUUAUCGAGGAGGUUGCUGCGCCCGUAGUGAUUCUUGUACACGGCGAAAAGCAUCAAAUGAUGAGACUGAAGUCAAAGUUGCUGAGUCUCAACGCGGACAAAACCGUCAAAGUCAAGGUUUAUACACCGGCCAACUGCGACGAGGUUCGCAUCCCUUUCAAAAAGGAUAAGAUUGCCAAAGUUGUCGGCAAGCUUGCUGAACUUGCACCGCCUUCCGAGGAGGACGAUGCUCACCUUAUGGCUGGUGUUCUAGUCCAAAAUGGGUUCAACCUGUCAUUGAUGGCCCCUGAUGAUCUACAGGAGUAUGCUGGACUAACGACCACAACCAUCACUUGCAAGCAGCAUAUCACUCUCAGCUCCGCAAGUAUGGAACUGAUCAAAUGGGCCCUUGAGGGAACAUUUGGGGCCAUCGAAGAGGUCGGCAGCAGUAAGGAGGCGCAAAAACUUGAGGGGGGCAAGACGGACGAGAGUAUGGAAACGGAUGGUACGACAAAACAAGAGGAUGCCGAAGAUGAAAUUCCCGCGGAUGUGACACAUACAUUCCUCGUCAUGGGUUGUGUGUACCUUCGCCAUCACUCGCGCACACGCGAGGUUGAGUUGGAGUGGGAAGGAAACAUGAUGAACGACGGGGUUGCGGAUGCCGUAAUGGCUGUCUUGCUCACAGUCGAGAGCAGCCCAGCUUCGGUGAAGCAAUCCGCCAAAGACAAGCAACACCAUCACCAUCACGAUGGUGACGACACAGAUAUCCCAUCUCUUCCGAACCUUCACCACCAUGUCUCACCACAAGAACGUGUUGCUCGCCUGCUCAUGAUGCUGGAAGCCCAAUUUGGCGGUGACAACAUCGGUCCAAUUGAGCGUCCUCGUGUACCAACUGAUCUAGCACUUGGUCCUCAGACUGAUGGAGAAGAAAUCAACGAUGAGAGAUUCUCUGAUAUCGAAGCAGCGGAGCUGAACCGUCUCAUUACAAUGGGUCUCCCGGUACCUGGCAUUGAGGUCAAAGUCGACAAGCAUGUUGCCCGUGUUUGGCUCGAGGACUUGGAGGUUGAAUGUUCCAACGCUGUCCUGCGAGACCGUAUCCGUGUUGUCGUGGAGCAUGCCAUCGAAACAGCUACAGGCCUGUGGGCAGAGACCUCGAUUUCUCGGGAUGCAGUUACCAAUGGUUCCACCAACAGUAAAGGAACCUUUGAAUUGGCUGCCAGGAAGAAGGCGGCUGUUCUUGAACAGGAGGCCUGA